AUGAAAACAGCAGCAGGUAAACUGGCGACGGCUGUUUGGAUAUCAAGUGCAGGCUUGGUGAUUGCACUGUUGGUGUUCAAUAUAACACCGUCGCUACUCAAUGGUCUACCAUGGUUUCACAUCACACUUGGCUUCAACAGCUUCAUCUUCUUCCUAGAACUCUAUCUCGACAUCCGCCAAUCAUUCACAAUCCGACAGUACAGGAACCCCAAGGCAAGCUGGACGACUGCUUCCUUUCACAUCGAGAACAUACUAGGACUGCUCAACUUUAGAAGGACAGAGUCAACGAUUGGCUUUGUCUUGGAGUGUUGUAUAUUGAACUUUGGAGCAUUGGUAUACUUGUACUCGUUGAAUAAUACAAUGUGGGAGUACUAUGGCUUUGGCGAGCAGUAUGAGGUGACACGCGGCAUUUCAUAUCUGCUGAUGGUGAGCAUGUUUAGUUCACUGAUACGUCUGCCCUUUGAAUUGUACCGCGUAUUCCUGGUGGACAAGCGGCCUGACUCACCUGGGCAUGCCGACGACGAGUUCUGGCUGAGGCAGAUCGUUCUCGACCAAGUCAAGAUGUUCCUCGUCUCCCUCAUCAUUGGCACGCCACUCCUGGCUUUCACCAUUGCUCUAUUCACUUGGCAAUUCCCCUAUCAAUGGUUAUAUAUUAUAAUCUUUGCAUCAACAGUAUCAUUGUUCUUCUCGGAUAUGUACCCGACAUUCGCCAUAAUGUUCAAUAGCUUUGCAGUUGUUGGACAGGGCGAACUACGCGACGAGAUUGUCAAUCUAUCAAAGAAGUUAUCAUUCCCCGUCAAACAAAUAUACACAAUGGAUGGAUCGAAGCGAGUCUCUCAUUCCAAUGCCUUCCUCCUUGGCUUCUGGAACAACAGCAUCGUGCUCUACGACACGCUCCUCAAGCAACUCACCACCCAAGAGAUCCUGGCCAUCAUAGGCCACGAGAUAGGUCACUACCGAUACAAGCACUCUUGGAAACAUCUAUUUGUUCAAUUGAUGUUCUUGGGCAACUUCAUAUUCUUGUUCUCAAGGGUGGUCAACUUGGACAUGUUUUAUAGCUCGUUUGGCUUCCCCAAGGUCGACGUGACAGUCGGCCUGGUGCUGUUCUCCUACCUGUACAGCACGUUUGCAAACUUGUUGCGAUUCGUCACCAACCUAAUACGCCGAGAGUUUGAGUAUGCGGCCGACCGCUACGCACUGGGCAACGGAUUGGACAUGAAGAACGCACUGCUCUCCAUGCAUGGCAAGGGCAGAUACAUCAAGCCAGAUAUUUAUUUCUCGCUCUAUUACUACUCGCAUCCAACACUGAUGGAGCGAUUGGACUCGAUCGAGGCCAUCACCAACGAUCUGAAUGUUCAGCAUAAAAAGGAUACAUAG